CGAAAGGAACAUAGACUAAACUCGUAAGUUAUCUGUCGACAUCUCUUCAUUUUCCUUUUACUUACAUUGCUUUCUUUCAUAUUUUUAUUCAUAGUGGUGCAAGGAAACGCAAAUUCGAUGUACAGGCUAUGAUGGAUUCUCAACCUACUCAAAAAAUUUAUAAAACAAUUAUACCUCCACCGACAGCUACAUCAUCAUCCUCAACAGCCUUCCAUCGGUCACAUACAAUGAAAAUGGAACCUGUCAAGAUAGCUCCAGCAACUUAUCAUCAUUAUCAUCAUCAGAUGUCACCUGUAUAUCAAGAAUCACACCAAUCGCAACAGGAACAAAUAAUGCAACAAGAGGUGAACCAUACUCAACAACAUCAAAUAGUGAUUCUAGAGCACAAACGCACUUCACCAGACCCACCAACAGAUUAUUAUUCAACUAAAACGACCACCAAUUUUACAAAUGAUCAUCAUAGAACAAGUCAAUCACCAACACAAACAACUGAUGAUUUCCCUAUUACCUUACUUGAUGAAUACUCUUUACAGCAACAACAUCAACCUGCAUCAUGUUCAUCUUCAACACAUUCUUCAACGUCAUCCAUAUCAUCGACAUCGUCAGCAUCAGCAACAUCUUCCAACCAUUAUCAAUCUUAUCAACAACAAUAUAUUCCUUUCUCUCCACCAGCUUCUUUAUCAUCAUCAUUGCCUUACUAUAGAGAUUCCCCUUCACUAGAACAUCAUCAUGUCUGGGGUAAAAGUCUCCCUCCACUGAAAGCCAUCAUGUCUGGUGUUUACUCUCGGUCCACUCCGUUGAUCUUACCAUGCCCUUUUGAAACUGUAUAGCUCUCUCUUUUAUUCCCUUAUUUGUGUAUCCAUUCCAUUCCUUCUUAGUCACUCUCUUUGUAUGCCACAAUUUUAUAUACUACACUUUUUUUGUUUUUUCCCCAGUUUGUCUUUUUUUUUUAGUUUCUUCUUGUUGAUUCUUUAUUUCAUAAUACCCUUGACAUGAACGUUUCAUAUGAAUGAAAUAAAAACUUCUCCUCCAUGUCUUAUGUUAUCUUUUGUUGUCAUUAUAUAUAGAUAUAUAUUAUAUAAAUGUGCCUGUGUAUGUGUGUGAGUGUUCGCGCGCAUGUCUGUG